GGCUACAACUGAGCGAAGAAGGAAACGUGGAAGGCAAGGGGGAGGAAGAACAACACGACAGAGCGGAGCAAACACUUAAGAAGAUGGGUGACAGUGAUGAUGAGUAUGAUCGCAGACGAAGGGACAAAUUCAGACGGGAGAGAAGUGAUUACGACCGCUCGAGAGAGAGAGAAGACAGACGCAGAGAUGACUGGAAUGACAGGGAAUGGGACAGAGGCAGGGAGCGACGUAAUCGUGGAGAGUACCGGGAUUAUGACAGAGGUCGCAGGGAGAGAUUCUCCCCACCGAGGCAUGACAUGAGUCCACAGCAAAAACGCAUGAGAAGAGACUGGGAUGACCAUGGUGGAGACCCAUAUCGUGGGGGAUACGACUUGGGGUAUGGAGGUGGUGGAGGGCCCAGUUAUGUCCCACCGCAGCACUGGGGCCACCCUGACUUGCACCUAAUGCAGCCUCAUCAUGGCAUUCCCAUUCAGGCCAGGCUCGGUAACAUCCAUGAUAUGGAUUUGGGUCCACCCCCUCCGAUAAUGAAGAGCUUUAAGGAGUUCCUGGUUUCCUUGGAUGAUUCUGUGGAUGAGACUGAGGCCGUCAAGCGCUAUAAUGAGUACAAGAUUGACUUCCGCCGACAACAGAUGCAGGACUUCUUCUUGGCUCAUAAAGAUGAAGAGUGGUUCAGGUCUAAGUACCACCCAGAUGAGGCCAGUCGACUCAAGGCAGAGUCCCACAGUGCUCUGCACAACCGUCUCAAUGUCUUCAUGUUCCUGAUGGAGAAUGGAUGGUUUGAUAAUGUCUCCUUGGAUAUUGAACAGACUCCAGCCAUCAUCAAACUUCUGGAUGCAGCUGUGAUUAAGAUGGAAGGAGGGACGGAUCACGACCUUCGUAUCUUGGAGCUGCCAUCUGAAGAGGAAGAAGAGAGAGAGAGGUUGUUGUCUGUUUCAGCAGGUGCUGAACCUCCCAAGAGAGAAGACCUCAAGACCUUGGAUGGUGACCGGAAACCCUCUGUGGAGAAAGACAAAAAUGAGAAGGAGAAGAGUGAUUCUGCCAACACAGAGACGGCUGCUGCAGCAAACGGGGAGAAGGUGAAAGAGGAGACAGAGAAAGAGGCGGCUAAAGAAGAAAUGCCUGAACCCAAGAAGCAGAGAAGAAAGAGGAAGCGCAGUGGAGACAGUGAUGACGAAGGCAGUGCCUCAGAGAGCGACUCUGACUCAGACUCCAACUCGGACUCCAACUCUAACUGCUCUGAAAAACCUGUGAAGAAGGAAGAAGAGGAAGACAAGGAUGAGGAGGAGGAAGAAGGUGAAGAGGAGAAACCGAAGGAGAACUCUGAAGAGGGAAAGAAAGAAGAAGAGGGAAAAAAGAAGCCCAAAGAUGACUCUCCUCGACCACGGCCUCUGCACCGGACCUGCUCCCUGUUCAUGAGGAGCAUUGCUCCCACCAUUUCCAAGGCUGAGAUUAUAGCUCUUUGCAGACGAUACCCAGGCUUUUUGCGUGUUUGCUUGUCUGACCCCCAUCCAGAGCGCAGGUUUUUCAGACGUUGCUGGGUGACAUUCGACCGUAGUGUUAAUAUCAAAGAGAUCUGCUGGAACCUUCAGAACAUUCGGCUACGUGACUGUGAACUGGCACCAGGGGUGAACAGGGACCUGGCCCGGAGGGUGCGUAAUGUUAACGGCAUCACUCAACACAAGCAGGUGCUCCGCAAUGACAUCAAGCUGGCGGCCAAGCUCAUUCAUGCCCUGGAUGAGAAGGGUAACCUGUGGAGCAACAAGCCACAGGAAGAGGGGCAGAGCUCUGAGUUGCCGGCUCAGAACCCCGUCUUGAAGAAUAUCACAGAUUAUCUGAUUGAGGAAGUGAGUGCUGAGGAGGAGGAGCUGCUGGGCUCUGGGAGUGGGAUGGAUCCUGAGGAAAACAUGAAGGAAGGGAAUCCUACGGAGACAACAGUGGAGAGGGAUGACAAAUUAGCCAAGGUUCUUGACCGCCUACUCUUAUAUCUGCGUGUUGUGCAUUCAAUUGACUACUACAACACCUGUGAAUACCCGAGUGAGGAUGAAAUGCCCAAUCGCUGUGGCAUGGUCCAUGUUCGUGGACCCAUCCCUCCAAACCGCAUCUCGAACGGAGAAGUUCAACAGUGGCAGAAGAUGGUGGAGGAGAAGCUGCUUCCUUUAUUUAGUUUAAAAGAAAUUCUGUCUGAAGAAGAGGCAGGGAAGAUGGGCCGCAAGGAUCCAGACGAAGAGGUGGAGAAGUUUGUGUCAGCCAACACUCAAGAGCUGGGGAAGGACAAAUGGCUGUGUCCACUCAGUGGCAAGAAAUUUAAGGGGCCAGAGUUUGUACGGAAGCACAUCCUGAACAAACACGCAGACAAAAUUGAGGAAGUGAAAAAGGAAGUGGCGUUCUUUAACAAUUUCCUGAUGGAUGCCAAGAGGCCUUCGCUGCCAGAGAUGAAACUUCCUCUUCCAACCCCAGGCCAAGGUUUGCUUUCUCCCACUAUGCCAUUCCCACCUCAAGGUCCACAGGGCCCAAUGAGCUUUGGACAACCUCGUCCCCCACUGAUGGGAUAUGGUGGUGGACCUCCUUACCCCCCUAACCAGUACGGAGGAGGCAGAGGCAAUUAUGACAACUUCCGUGGACAAGGUGGCUACCUGGGAAAGCCACGCAACAUUAGAAUGUCUAGAGGAGAUCCACGCAACAUCAUUGAAUAUCGCGACCUGGACGCACCAGAAGAUAUGGACUUCUUUUAGGGGAUUCACAUGCUCCUGUUGUCUUUGUGAUUGAUUUUGUUUUGUAGUGAUUAUUAGUGUUUCAUUUUUUCGAAAAGUUACAUUCUGUAAUUACUGUACUGUCUGCUGUAAACUGCUCCAUCAAUAAAGUUAUGAUUCAACUACA